AUGGCGGAGAGGGAACUGGAGGAGAGAGGAGAGGAGGAGGAUGCUGCAGCAGAUGAGGAGAGAAAGGAGGAGGAGGUAGAGGUGAGAUAUUGGUGGGAGAUAGAGAGAGAGGAGAGGAGGAGGGAGGUGAAGGGGUGGAUUGCGGGGACGAGAGGUGAGCACGGGUACGAGGUGGCAGCCAGCAACCAGCAGCCAGCUGCAGCAGAUGCAGAGGGGAAGGAGGUGGAGGAGAUGAGGAGAGGCAAGAAGGAGCGGGAGGAGAGAAGAGAGGAGGAGGAGAGUGAAGAGGCGGAUGCGGUGGGCGGAUAG